UAUGUUUUUCCGUCUUGAAUGGUGCCACGAACAAAUUUUUCGUGUUGCAUUUUCCGCAAAAGUACAGUGAAAACCUUAGUGAUUCACGUGAAAGUGAUUUGAAAAUGGCUCUGAAAUUGACUUGCAACAAAAAUAAUCCCCCAAUUGGUGCUCUGGCUGCGGGGGAGCUCUCGAAGGAUGUCCGGAAGGUGGAAGUUGAGUGGAAGAGCCUUCCGGGAGAUUUCCAGGAAGCUGCCGGAAGGAAUGAUCUAUUGAGGAAAGUUGCUCGCAGUGCUCCAUCUGCGGGGUUAUAUGAUGAAAAUGAUGCCCUGGUGGCGACUCAAAUUGAUCACUGGUUGUCAUUCAGUUUGACUUUCAGCACAAAUCCCUCCGUUCAGCUGGAUUAUCUCAAUAAAACUCUCGCCCCAGUGACUUAUCUGGUCAGCAAUCGCCUGACAAUUGCUGAUUUGGCGGUUUUCAAUGCAAUCUACGAUAAUUAUGCAAAACUGAAGGAAGUCGGGAUUCCAGUGAAUGUACAGAGGUGGUACGAUCUGAUCCUUGCCCAGGAUUGUGUGCAGUCUGUUAUUGCUGGCUUGCCGAAGAAGGAAGAGGGGAAGGAAGCACCAACAGUGGCGCAGGAGAAGUUUGGCGAUCGCAAACAGGAAGGGAAGUUUGUGGAGCUUCCUGGAGCAGAAAUGGGGAAGGUUGUUGUGCGAUUCCCUCCGGAGGCGUCGGGUUACCUUCACAUUGGUCACGCCAAGGCUGCCCUGCUCAAUCAGUACUACCAGGAAGCUUUCCAGGGGAAGCUCAUUAUGCGCUUUGAUGACACAAAUCCCGCCAAGGAGAAUGUUCACUUUGAGAAGGUUAUCCUGGAGGAUUUGGAGAUGCUGCAAAUCAAACCGGAUGUCUUCACGCACACUUCGCAGUACUUUGAUCUCAUGCUGGAGUACUGUGAGAAGCUCCUCAAGGAGGGAAAGGCCUACGUGGAUGACACUGAUCCGGAAAAGAUGAAAAAGGAGCGCGAGCAGCGAACGGAGUCAGCAAACAGGAGCAAUUCUGUUGAGAAGAAUUUCUCAAUGUGGCAGGAAAUGCUCCAAGGCAGCCCACGUGGGCAGCAGUGCUGUGUCCGUGCCAAGAUUGACAUGAGCUCCCCCAAUGGAUGCUUGCGCGAUCCAACGAUCUAUCGGUGCAAGAAUGAACCUCAUCCACGCACCGGAACAACGUACAAAGUCUAUCCAACGUAUGAUUUUGCCUGCCCCAUCGUUGAUGCCAUUGAGGGAGUCACCCACACACUCAGGACAAUGGAGUAUCAUGACCGCGAUGAUCAAUUCUACUGGUUCAUUGAAGCCCUGGGGCUGCGUAGGCCGAUAAUUUGGGAGUACAGUCGCCUCAAUAUGAUGAGCACGGUGCUGUCGAAGCGCAGACUAACGUGGUUCGUCGAUGAGGGCCUCGUUGAUGGCUGGGAUGAUCCACGUUUCCCCACUGUGCGUGGAAUCCUCCGCCGCGGGAUGACGGUCGAGGGGCUAAAGCAAUUCAUCAUUGCCCAGGGAUCCAGCAAGUCCGUUGUCUUCAUGGAAUGGGACAAGAUUUGGGCAUUCAAUAAGAAAGUCAUCGAUCCCAUUGCUCCGCGGUACACUGUCCUUGAGAAAGGUAACACAGUUGUUGUGAAUGUUGCCGGAGCUAAGAAGGAAACAAUUGAGGUUCCAGCUCAUCCGAAGAAUGAACAAGUUGGGAUGAAGAAAGUCGAUCUGGGGCCGCAAAUUCUCAUUGAUUACGCGGACGCAGAGACGCUGCAGGAGGGUGAGAAUGCCACCUUCAUCAACUGGGGCAACCUGCUGAUUAACAAAAUCAACAAAAGCGACGGGAAGAUCACCUCGGUGGAUGCGAGCUUGAAUCUCGACAAUAAAGACUACAAGAAGACCGUUAAGUUGACGUGGUUGGCACAGCUUCCACCCACAGACUACCCCCCAACAUUCUGCGUGUACUUUGAUCAUAUCAUCAGCAAAGGGGUGCUGGGAAAGGAUGAAGACUUCCGAGACUUUAUUGGCGGCAAAACACGCACGGAAGUUGAAAUGUUGGGAGAUCCGGAGCUGAAGAAACUCAAACAGGGUGACAUUAUUCAGCUUCAGCGACGAGGCUUCUUCCGUGUGGACGUAGCGUAUGCGCCAAAGAGCGAGUACACGAAUCUCGAGACUCCAGUGGUGCUCUUUGCCAUUCCGGAUGGGCAUCAGAAGGAAAUGCCAACAGCGGGGCCACCUAAAAAGCAAGAAGCAGCCCCAGCGAAGAAGGCCAAAGCACAAGCGGCCCCAGUUGAAGCUAAACCUGCCACGGAGUCGCCCAAAGAAAUUGAUCCAGUUGAGCUGAAUGAGAAGAUUAUUGAGCAGGGAAAUCUCGUGAGGAAGCUCAAAGGCGACAAAGCUCCCAAAGCUGAUGUUGAGAACGCUGUGAAACUUCUUUUGCACCUCAAAGGGCACUACAAGGAAGCAACAGGGCAGGAGUGGAAGCCUGGGUGUGUUCCUCCAGCUGCUACAGCUCCUUCCGCAGCUCCUGCAGAGGACGCUGGAGAGAUUAAUGCAAAGAUUGUGGCUCAAGGGAACUUGGUGCGUGAUCUGAAGGGUAAGAAGGCGUCAAAGGAAGAAAUCACGAAGGAAGUGAAAGUUUUGCUGGAUUUGAAGGGGGAAUUUAAGAAGUUGACAGGAACUGAGUGGAAACCAGGGCAGGAGACUCCUCCACAGGAGGCCCCGAAAGUUGCAAAGAAGGAGGAAAGUUCAUCAAUUGGGGAGAAGAGCAACGAUCCUCAGGAGAUUAAUGCUCAGAUUGUUAAGCAGGGAGAUCUAGUGAGGAAGUUGAAGGGAGAUAAAGCAGAAAAGUCAGCAAUUGAGGGUGCUGUGAAGAUCCUUUUAUCGCUAAAGGAGAACUACAAGACAGCCACAGGGCAGGAUUGGAAGCCAGGGUGUGUAGUCCCGGAAAGUAAGUCAGAAAUGGCGUCAAAAGAGAAGACUCCCGAUGGUGGGGAUGAGCUCACUGCCAAGAUUACAGCUCAAGGGGAUUUGGUGAGGAGUUUGAAGUCCUCUAAAGCUCCAAAAGGAGACAUUGAUGCUGCCGUGAAGAUUCUUUUGGAUCUCAAAGCUGAGUAUAAGAAGAUAAAUGAGAAGGAUUUCCCAACAGGAGAUCGUGGUGGGAGGAAAGAAGUUCCCAAGAAGGAAGCACCGAAGAAGGAAGAUUCAAAUGCUGAAAAGAAGGAUAAUCGUAGGAAAUUCCAUGGGAAGCCCAAAGGAGGGGAAUCCCAGUCGAGAGAGGGAACACCUCCGGAAGAAACGUCUGGGGGAUUGAAGAAAGUCACCCGCUUGGGUAUGGAGGCGAAAAAGGAGGAAAAUCUCCCAGAAUGGUACUCCCAGGUCAUCACGAAGGGAGAACUAAUUGAGUAUUAUGACGUUUCCGGAUGCUACAUCCUCAGGCAUUGGUCAUUUGCCGUGUGGAAGGCCAUCAAGACGUGGUUCGAUGCGGAGAUCACGAAACUCGGCGUCAAAGAGUGCUACUUCCCCAUUUUUGUUUCACGGAGCGUGUUGGAGAAGGAGAAGACGCACAUUGCGGAUUUUGCACCGGAAGUAGCGUGGGUAACAAAGUCCGGGGAAUCUGAUCUGGCUGAACCAAUUGCCGUUCGUCCCACAUCGGAGACAGUGAUGUAUCCGGCUUAUGCGAAGUGGAUUCAAUCGCACAGGGAUUUGCCAUUGCGCCUCAAUCAGUGGAAUAAUGUGGUCAGGUGGGAAUUUAAGCAUCCUCAACCCUUCCUCCGGACACGUGAAUUCUUGUGGCAGGAAGGGCACACAGCCUUCAUGACGGCCAAGGAAGCGCAUGAUGAAGUCUAUGAGAUUCUAGAUUUGUACGCCAAGGUGUACACAGAUCUCCUGGCCAUUCCCGUAGUGAAGGGCAGGAAGACGGAGAAGGAGAAAUUUGCCGGAGGGGAAUUCACAACAACCGUUGAGGCUUUCAUUUCAGCCAGUGGGAGAGCCAUUCAGGGGGCAACGAGUCACCAUCUUGGGCAGAAUUUCUCGAAAAUGUUUGAAAUUGUCUACGAAGAUCCCGAGACGAAGCUGAAGGAGUUUGUCUACCAGAAUUCCUGGGGAAUCACAACAAGGACAAUUGGGGUGAUGAUUAUGGUGCACGCUGACAAUGUGGGGCUCGUCCUGCCACCCCAUGUGGCCUGUAUUCAAGCCAUUGUCGUUCCCUGUGGCGUAAUAGCCGGCAUGAAGCCUGAGGAGAAGAAUCAGCUCUAUGGGAGCUGCAAAACCCUCGAGGAGGAGCUGCUGAAGGGCGGAAUACGCGCUGAAGGGGACUACCGUGACAACUACUCACCCGGAUGGAAGUUCAAUCACUGGGAACUCAAAGGGGUUCCCGUGCGCAUUGAAAUUGGCCCCCGGGAUAUCAAAGCGGAGCAAUUUGUGGCCGUCCGGAGGGACACAGGGCAGAAGAUAACAAUCAAGAGGGCCACAGCAGUGGCAGACUUGGCUGCUCUCCUGGAGAACAUUCACGAGAAUAUGCUGGCAAAGGCAACGAAGGAUCUCAAUGAUCACAAAAAGUUGACGCGCGAUUGGAAUGAAUUCGUCAAGUAUCUCGAUGCAAAGAACAUCAUCCUCUCGCCAUUCUGCGGGGACACAGCGUGUGAGGAUAAAAUCAAGGCAGACAGUCAGAGAGAAAAUGCGGAGUUUGUGGAACCAGGAGCCCCCUCAAUGGGUGCCAAGACACUCUGUAUCCCCUUUGAGCAGCCAGAGAAGCUCUCCGAUGCCGACAAGUGCAUUCAUCCAGAGUGCAAGAACAAGCCCAUGGCGUUCACACUUUUCGGCCGGAGUUACUAAACUAAUUAAGGAACGAUUGAAACUUUAUAUUCUCAGUGUUUUAAAAUGAAUUUUCCUGCGCAAAAUAAAAUGAAAUCUUAAUCA